GAACGACAGAGACGGGAACAAGGAGCAAUCAUGGACGCCCUGAGGUCAGCAAAGAAGACAAUGCGCAAGGCGACGCGUAAGGCGACGCGGUCUGUGCACGAGGCGCUGCACUCUGUCAUCGAUGAGGAGAUGGACAUCCAGAAGGCGCUCGAGCAUGUGGCCAUGGAGCACGAGGACUCGUCGACGUAUGUCUCGGCCUGGGCCGAGACCACGGGCGAUGCCCAGAUCAUUUCCUUUGCAUCGGCCCUGCAGCCGCUCUUCCGCAACCAAGUAGAGGCAGAGGGUGCACUGGCGGUGGCUCAGGGCGACUUUGUGGAGAUGUGGAAGCGGCUCCUGGCCAAGGAGCGCGUCCGCGACAACCUGCGCAAGACGCUCGACAAGAACCAGGCCAAUGUCGACAAGCUGCAGACCAAGCUCGCGUCAGCGCCGGCUGCAAAGCGCGCUGCACUCGAGCAAAAGCUGGCGGAGGCGACUCAGCUCCGCGAUGCCGCGCAGGCCGAGUACGAGCCGGUCGCCGCCGAGACUGCCGCCUUCACCCACGAUCAGCUCGUCGCCGGCUACACUGCCUUCAAUGCAGCCUACAUUCAGUACCUGCAAACGUGCCUCAACGCCGCCAACGCCCGUUCCGACACCAUCAACGCCUUUGCCGCUGGCAAUCCGCAGGGAGGAGGCGGUAUCCGGGCCGCCGCCGCCGCCGCCAUGGGCUCCGCUGCCGCGUACAUGCCCAGCAACGGCGCACCGCCGGCCUACCAGUAG